AUGAAUGUCAGUGAGAAGAGCAGAAGAGAGGAAACCAAAGACGUACAGACACCAGACACGAUCAGGAAAACAAGUAAGCCUGAAAAGUUAGUCACCUUCUGGAUUAAAAAAGGAGGAGGACAGAAAGUGUAAUGCUUAGUGAAGAGCAAAGCCCUGAGGAAGAGAGUACAAUAUGUCUGUGUGUAUGCAUUCAAAGGAGAGAAAAUCAAAAAUGCUCUUAAACGUGAUGGACGAUUCAACAGUGUCAUUAUCCGGAAACACUGUGCGCUCUCUGGGUUUAGUUAAAGGUUAGGGGUUGAGGUAAAGAAUGAACUGUCAAAUCCUGUAGACGAUCUUGACGGAGAGGCUUUCCAGGUAGUUGUUGUCAGUGACAAGAAUCAACCUGACAGUCAAGAUGAUUUCACUCUUUUCAAGACUGAACCUAAUGCAGCUUCAGAUGCUGAUGUGGCAGAAACUGUUGGCUCAAGCCAGAAUCUCAUCAACACUCGGCAAAAAAAAAAACAAGAUGGAAACAACUCCAUGAAUCCUUCAUCUAAACGCGAUGUCGUUAAACCCAUCGUAAAUUCUGAAGAGAUUCUGGGAAUUCUGCGUGAUCAGUUUCCAGUUUUGCUGAAGCAAUUAAAGCAGCGAGAAAAACUAAAGAACAAAUCUGAUGUUCAAAAGUUCUCCUGAGCAGAAUAUGGUAAAAGUGUUGAGAAUUUCUUGAAGGUGAAGAAAGUGAAGCAGCUCAUGAGACUUUCUGACUCUGUGUGUCAGAUUCGACAGGAGGGGUCUGCUAUGGGAACUGGUUUCUUGCUCUUUGACAGAUACGUCCUCCCUAAUGCUCAUGUUAUCAGAGGACCGACUCCUAACGCUGCACAGUUCACAGCUGUGUUUGGUUAUGAAGACCUGGAUUCAGAGGAUACCAAGCACAAACCAGUUAAACAACUCACAGCUUACUUUCAUGGAAAGGAUGAUAAAGAAAGGCAUCUUGACUGUGCGCUUCUUGAACUUGUUGACGUUACUAAAAUUGCUGAGUAUCCUAAAUUGGUUAAUUGUUACCAUCCAAACGCUUCUACUAACAGAGGACAGAUCUGCAUUGUGGGACAUCAAGGGGAAGGGGUUAAGAAAAUGGACCCCUGCUUCAUCAUUGAGAGGGAAAAUCGACUAGAGGCAGAAAAUAAACACAAAACUGAGAAUGCUGAUUUUAUUCAUGUGAUGACACAAAAGUCUUUGGAAGAGAAAUGGAAAUUUCAUGAAAACCAGAUUACUUACAACUCUUGUUUCUUUCAUGGAUCUUCUGGCUCUGCAGUUUUUGAUGCAGACUGCAAGCUGAUUGGUAUUCACUCUGGUGGCUAUGUGUACGACGGACAUGGAAAAACUACUAAGAGUGUCAUGGAAUACGCCUAUUCCAUGCAGUCCAUUCUGGAUAUGAUCAGAGCGCAGGCUAAGAUAAAAGGUUUGCAUGAGAUAGUCAAAAUCUUAGAACCCUACAGAGAACAAAGCAAUGUUUCUGAGACUCCAAGGCAACAAAAUUACACUGACUGUGAAAUGGACAUUGAGGUGAACACGAGAGCUUUGAAUGAAACUUUCCAAAUGCCUCAGACGCUUUAUAUUUUUGGGAGAAGUGACUGCAAAAAUUAA